UAUAUUGUCUAUGGAUUGAUUGACGAAAACGAUUACGAUUAUUGUUGAAUUGUGUUGUAAUGCGUCAAAAAAUAGCUUCCCAAAGCUUAAUUUAUCUGAAUUCAUAUUAGUUUUAGGAAAAAAAUAAACAUUUACAAUGGCAGAUGAUUUAAGGAAUUAUAAACUGCAACUUCAACAGGUAGAAGCAGCGUUGCUCACUGAUGGUGAGAACGAGGAGUUGCUGAAACUAAAGGCUGACUUGGAAGAAGUAAUAGAGUUGACACAAGAUCUUAUAAAAACUCAAGAUGGUGACUCCAAAGUCCCUAAUAUUCAUGGUUCUAGUAAUGAUCAUGAUGUUACAGCGUCCCUGUUGGCGGCCGAGGAUGAUGAAAGCGCUCACAAAUACCUUUCAAAUUGGCAAGUCGGAGAACGGUGCCUGGCUAAAUGGAGAUCAGAUGGACAAUUUUAUGAAGCACUCAUUGAAGAUGUUACUGAGGAUACUUUGAAAGUAAAGUUUGAUGGUUAUGCUACUGCAGAAGUAGUUUCAAUUAAUGAUGUAAAGGUAAUACCGGGUAGCAGUCUGAAGAGACCUCAUAGUGGAGAUGAAAGCAAACAUGGCAAAGGCUACAAUAGAGAAUACCUUAAAAAGAAAAAACAGAAAAAGCAGCAAAGGUUUAAACAGAUUGAAGAGGAAAGAGAAACUGAAAAGAAUAAAUGGCUGAAUUUCCACACCAAGGCAGCCAAGAAACCUGGUGUAAGGACAAAAAGCAUAUUUGCUUCACCUGAUAAUUUGACUGGUAGAGUUGGCAUUGGGACUUGUGGCAUAUCAGGAAAACCUAUGACUGAGUAUACUCCAGGAGAAAAAUGGAAGAAAGGAGGAUAAUACUAUCUGUUAAUUUAGUUUAAGUUAGUCAUAUUUAAUCUUAAAACCUUCUGUAAUUCAUAGAUAUACAUAAAAUCAAAAUGUGUGACUUUAUGUACAAAAAUAUGUAAAUUUCAAUUGUACACACAUUAAAGCAUUCUAUGCUUCAGCUUAUGAAAUAAUGUUAUAGUGAAAAAACA